GAUGCAGAAUUAUGCAAAUGUAUUCGAUUCUUUCAUAUAAAAGAACCUCUGCAUUGUCAAGCAGCAUUGGAAUUCUUGUAGAUUUCGAUUGCUAAUAGAAAAAAAAAAGAACCAUGUCGUUGGCGUCACUGUCAUUGUUUGCAUUGACAAUCCUCCAACUCCCAUCAUCAUUGCUGUCAUACCAUAUUCCAAGAUCAAGCAAUCGGAAUAUUCCUUCAAACCAAAGAUUAAACGAUGAAUUCGCUCCUUUUCGGAGCCCAUCUCUACAAGCAACUCGGGAUUUUCCAUCGCCACCGAUGAAGAUUAGAAUCCGCAUGCCUCAACAUACAAAUUUACCUUUACCACCACUAAAUGAAAACAUGGUGCCGAGGAAACCAUUUGUACCGCUGCCAUCAUUGUUAGGCACAUUAAGGAAGAACUAUCUCCAACCUCCACAAGCACCUCUACGAUUUUCUCCUCCGCCACCGAAUUUCAGAUGGCGUCAGACCCAUCAAGUGCGUUUACCGAUGCCCUUUGGUCCUCCACCAAAUAUCGUUAGAGAUUACAUCCCCUUGCCUUUCCCACCACCGCCCUAUAUGGAUUUCAUUCCUCGUCGCAUGACUUUGAAAUUCCCGCCAGUACCAACCCCGAGAGGAGAGAGGUGGCCACUUUUGACACGGGGCCCGAUGCCGAUCUUUCCUACCCCAGGACCUCGAGGUUACAUUCCACGACCAAUGCUGUUUCCAAUUCCUCCACCAUGGGCAGGUCCUCCAUCUCUAAGCAAUGAUUUCGCCGAGAGUUCUCCAAGAAUACCGUUCCAACUCAAUAAUAUCAUUCUUCCCCCUCCACCACCACAAUUCCGAAUGCUACCAAGGCACCCCACUUACCGUCCAUUUCCAUGGCAAAUGAAUAAGGGUGCUGGACCAGUCUUGACAGAAAAUUCGCCAUUUAUGCCUUUUGCAAAUUCGCCAUUUAUGCCUUUUGCCCCACCACAAACUGUAGUUGAUGCGCCUCCCCGCAUACCGAUGCCAUUCCCUAAUAUAAUUCCAAGGAAUCCACCAGUAAUCCCACCGCCAUAUGUAUUCGUUGACAAAAUCCAUCAGUUGUUGCAAGGAGGUUUAGACCGUCCCCUGCCACGCCUACUGCUGCGCAACUUCCUGUAAUUUGUAUCGUAUUUUACUACAAGACUGCACAUUAUCGCUGUUGCACAGUACAUUAGUUCUGUAGCCAACACAUUGGUAUUGCAGGUUGUACUAUGAACCUCUUUGAAACUGAAAUCCAGAGAUGUUACACAAUAUUAUUUGUUUUGUAUACUAUAACACGUGAUACAGUACAAAGGGAAAUUUUCGCCGUGUUUUAUUUUCACCCAGACAUCCUCCUGGACUACUGUAUUGUCCUAUAUGAAUAUUCACCCACUUUUAAUUUCGUCCAUAUAGGACAAGGGCGAAAUAGCUUAAACAGAACAAGGGUGAAAUAUCCCUGUAUAUCACAUCAAUGUUUUGCGUAUAUCUAAUAUGCACACAUCCAUACACUAGUAUGUGAACUAUUUCACAUAUCUUGAACGGAUUCAUAUUGAAGAAACAUCUGUAUUGUAAAUGUAAUGCUCUGAAAAUCAUCUGUUUUGUUUUGAGUGGCGUUUUUAAGUAAUUGUGCAUUUAUAUUGCAUGUAUCUACAUGUAAAACGUAUUCAAUGAAUUUGCACUAUUUAAGUUAUCUUGCUUGUCAUAUGGAAUAUGUAAUACUGAAAAUAACUAUAUUUAUUUACAUAAGGUUUGCUUCAUAACAAAGAUAUUUUUUUAAACUGCCUGAGGAGUCGCUUGUGACUGAAAGCGUUAAUCAUUUACAUGUACAUGUAACGGUGACUUGGCAUCAAAAGUCAAUUCGUAACUAUUGUUGAUUCAUUCAAGACAACAGGGGUUAAGAUUCUUACAUGCGGGUCCUGUAUAAGGACCCAUUGUUUUUUCCCAAAUUCUGAUUAAUUUUUUUCUUCAAAUUAUCAGCUCACAGGCGUAGUAAAUGUGGUAUCUGCAUGUGUUGUUACAUGAAAUCUGCAACAGUUUGGGAAUUAACUGUCUAAUACGCUGUAUAAGUUCGCUUAUCUAAAUAAAAUAUGAACACAUUA